GUUCUUCCUUUCUUCUUCUUUUUUUGCUCUGUUUUUUCCCCUGCUUCUGCACUUGUUGUGUUUCCUUUUGCAAAUGGAAACAAAUUUGUCUAAGUCCAAUAAUAAGAAAGAUCUUAGUUGGAAAUAUAAUUCUUUAAAGGAUCCACGUAAAUCCAAUUAUGUUACCUGCAAUUUUUGUAAUAAAACAAAUACUGGGGGAAUCAAUCGAGCAAAGCAACAUCAAAUGGGACAUUUGGGUAAUGCUACAGCUUGUCCAAAAGUCCCACAAGAGGUUCGAGAAGAGCUGUGGAAUUAUUACAACGAGAAGAAGUCUCAAAAAUCCACUGGCUCCUCAGGUUCUUUUCAGACGUUCAAUUAUUUAGAAGAUUGUGAAAUUGGUGAUGAUGAUUUGGAUGAGGUUGAGUUGGUUGAGUUUAAUGCAAGUUGUAAACGGUUGUUAACUGCAAAAUCAGGGGUUGGAAUGCAAGAAUUGGCUAGGUAUGGGGUCACAAGGUUUGCUACAACCUAUCUCACUUUGGAAAGGGUUCAUAAGCAAAAGAUAAACCUUAGGAAGAUGUUCACAUCAAAUGAGUGGAUGAAAAGCAAGUUUUACAAAGAAGUUAAGGGUAGGAGGGUUACUGAUGUUGUCUUGAUGCCCUCAUUUUGGAAUGAGACUGUGUAUGCCCUUAAAGUUAUGGGUCCUUUAGUGGGUGUUCAUCACCUACUUGAUAAUGAAAAAAAACUAGCAAUGGGCUAUAUCUAUGAACUAAUGGAUAGGACCAAGGAAGCCAUUCAAAAGGCCUUUGAUGGGAAUGAAGAAAAGUAUAAGCAUGUAUUUUCUCUUAUAGAUAACAAAUGGGAAAAUCAGCUUCAUCAUCCUUUGCAUGCUGCUGGUCAUUUUUUGAACUCUUAAUUCUUUUAUAAUGACCCAAGCACUGCAAUAAAUAAAGAGAUUGUGAGGGGGUUAUAUGAUUGUAUUGAAAAGUUAAUUCCAAAUCCUAAUGAUCAAGACAAAAUCAUUGAUCAAUUGCACUUGUACAAAGAAGCUGAGAGGAUGUUUGUUGAUCCUCAUGGUAGUACAAUCCAAGAGCAAAAGAGCACCUAGUAAGCAAAAUGUAGAAAGUUGGGUAUUGAUUUUUUUUCUUAUUUUGAUUUGUAGUUCUUGUUUUUUUGAAAGAAAUUUAUCUAUUAUUUGUGAAUUAAUCAUUCUCAUAAUGAUGAUUUGCUUGCCUUGCUUUUGUCUUGAAGCUCAAUGAUGGACUUUGUAUGGAAUGGAAACUCCAGAGUUGAACUUGGCUAUUCGAAUUUUGAGUUUAACUUGUAAUGCUGUUGGUUGUGAGAGAAACUGAAGUGUUUUUGAGCAAAUAAGUAAUUGAAUUUGUUCAUCAUCAAGCAUGUGUUUUGUUUUGGAUAAUUGAUUAAGCAAUAAAGUUUCUUAGUUCUA